AACACACACCACAGUCCGUGUUGAUAUACAUUUGCCCUUUAAAAGACACAACAGGGGCUAUUUCUUUCACCUGGAAACAUAACAUGGGGAACGCCAAGAGCAGCGCCGUCUCCAAGGAGAUCCUGGAAGACCUGAAGCUCAGCACCAAGUUCACUGAGACGGAGAUCACCCAGUGGUACGAGAGCUUCCAGAAGUCGUGUCCCACGGGACGUAUCACGCCCACGGAGUUCGAGGUCAUCUACAGCCGCUUCUUCCCCGAGAGCAACGCCCAGACGUACGCGCAGCACGUCUUCCGUUCCUUCGACACCAACGACGACGGCACUCUGGACUUCAAGGAGUACAUAAUUGCGCUGCACCUGACGUCCACGGGCAAGACCACCAGGAAGCUGGAGUGGGCCUUCUCGCUGUUCGACGUGGACAAGAACGGAUACAUCACCAAGUCGGAAGUGACCGAGAUCUGCAGCGCUAUUUUCAAGCUAAUUCCCAAGGAUAAACAGGCUGAGCUGCCCAACGACGAGAACACACCGGAGAAGAGGGCCAACAAACUCUGGACAUUCUUUGAGAAGGAAGACAAUGAGCGAGUUUCAGAAGGAGAGUUCAUCAAGGGUGUGAUGGACAAUGAGGAUGCGCUUCGCCUCAUUCAAUAUGACCCUGCCAACAAGUAACCCUCUGCUAAUAAAGUCCUAUGGUCAUAGGACAUGACCGUAAGUGUUGCCCAUAGGAGUUGACAAGACAGCACAAACAGAUCUGGGAUCAGGUUCCUACAUUCCCCGCCCCUAUCCUCAAUUUACCCAUCUUAAUGCAGAAAGUAUUUCGUUUUAAUCCCAGUCUAACUUCAAUGUUUAUCGGACUUCGGUUCAAAUAGUAUAUGUUUUCCUCCAAAUACUUUAGCUGCGCUUGAUUGUAAAAACAUAUGAUAACCCUGGCGUUGCAAGCGCUAUGCUCUACCAACUGAGCUACACGGGACAUUACUUUUUACUAUAUACUGGUAUUGUUUUUACUAUAUACUGGUACUGUUUUUACUAUAUACUGUAUACUGGUAUUGUUUUUACUAUACACUGUAUAUGUCACGAUCGUCUUCUGGAUAGACUGAGGACCAAGGCGCAGCGCGUGGAAAGUACAUCUUCUUUAUUUAAAGGAAGAAGACGAAAAACGAAACGAACACUAUACAAAACAACAAAACAGACGACCGUGAAGCUAUACAAACAUAAGUGCUGACACUAAACACUUAGACAUAGACAAUUCCCCACAAACAGCUAAAGCCUAUGGUUGCCUUAAAUAUGGCUCCCAAUCAGAGACAACAAUAACCAGCUGUCUCUAAUUGAGACCCAAUUCAGGCAACCAUAGACUUUCCUAGAACCUACACUCAACCAUAGACACAGCUAGACACCUUCACUCAACACAAACCCAUACACUACACCCAACACCCCCUUUUCCAUAUAACCACCCAAAACACAAACAUUCCCCAUGUCACACCCUGACCUAACUAAAAUAAUAAAGAAAACAAAGAAUACUAAGGCCAGGGCGUGACAGUAUACUGAUAUUGUUUUUACUAUAUACUGUAUACUGGUAUUGUUUUUACUGUAUACUGGUAUUGUUUUUACUAUAUACUGUAUACUGGUAUUGUUUUUACUGUAUACUGGUAUUGCACAAAUUCUAUAUAUUUUUGGGACUUGAUAUUUAGCCUCAGAAUGUUUUGAGAAAGGCUAAAGAGUAUUGAGAGCUGGUAAGAGGGGUUUAGAAAAUGAAAGCAAGCAAUGACUAAUCUGUUGAUACUACUUCAUACCAGAUGUGCUACUCAUUAGCUAAUCAUUUGUUAAAUAUUUUGAUAUGUGUACCAAUAAUGCAAUAAUAACAAAGGUAGUGCAAUCUUAGGAUAAUGUUUUAGGACCUUUUAGAGAUUGUGUUUAAAAUGUAACUUGUCUGUGUUGACAUAAAGACAUUGAUCUUGAUACCGACAGACACAAUCUAACGUAAAGGUCAAGGGCUAAAUACUGUAGACUCACACAAUGCCAACUACCAUACAAGUAAAAAUUGUAAACUGCUUCACUCAGAGUUUGCCCCUGUUAUUGUGAGUUUCAAUUAGUUUCUUUGUCUUAAUAUUAUCCUUGUCACGCCCUGGCUUUAGUUAUAUUUGUUUUCUUUAUUUUUUGGUUAGGUCAGGGUGUGACAAGGGUGAUUUGUUUAGUUUUUGUAUUGUCUAGGGUUUUGUCUUGUCUAGGGGUUUUGUUUAUCUAUGGGGAUUUUGUAUGGUCUAGGGGUUUGUAGGUUUAUGGUGGCCUGAAUUGGUUCCCAAUCAGAGACAGCUGUUUCUCGUUGUCUCUGAUUGGGGAGCCUAUUUAGGUUGCCAUUUUCCAUGUUGGUUUUGUGGGUAGUUGCUUUCUGUUUUUGUGUCUGCACCAGACAGAACUGUUUCGCUUUCGUUCUCCUGUUUGUUGUUUUUGUUCGAUUU